GAGGCGACCAGAGGCCCAGAGGGGGGAGUGGGAGGAGCAGUGGGAGCAGGCGGCAAUCAGCAGCAGUUGAACCCCAGUCAGCAACAGCAACACCCGCACUGGUAUAGCAAUUACAGCCACUUUCAUGGAAAUAGUAAUAAUAACAACAACGGCAGCAGCAGCAACGACCACAACCAAAAUAACAACCGUGACGCCUCCGGCACCAACCACCACUCCAACAACCACUCGCAACGGCCAAGCGACAAAAGCGAGGCGAGGGAGCUUGCGAGCCAGCUAUCCCGCAUGGAGGAGCGGCUGCAGCGGUUGCGGCUGGGGGCGGCAGCGGCGGGGGACCUUCGGGAGCUCGCCAAGAUGAGGUUGUUACCCUCCGUGACCCGCGGGGGACGCAGCACCCCCCAGCAGGCCGCCGGGUCCCCAACGGCUGCAGCAGCAGCACCUGCACCUGCAGCACCUGCGGCACCUGCAGCACCUGCAGCAGUGAAUCGGCCAUUGGAAAGGCGCUCUGCUUCCGUUGAGAUGUCGGUUAAUGAUGAGCUGGCGCUUAGCAUGGGCGCGAGCCAUGUGCAGUUGGGAGUUAACAUGGCGGCAACCGCCAUACACAGGGACGGUCGUGAAGAGCAGGCGGUGCUGUGGUUCGCCCUCAUCGACAUCCUGCAGCCCUACAACGCGGCAAAGAGGAUAGAGCAUGGUCUGAAGUCGGUGGUGCACUCGCCGAGCGCCAUCUCAGUCACCCACCCAGCUGCCUACGCAGCGCGUUUUCAGGGCUUUCUGAAGGACGUCUUCUGCGAGUGAUUAAUCAGGAAUGGAAAAGAAAGGGG